AUGGAGCCCAGAGAGGAGCAUCAGAUAGUAGCAGCGCAGGAGGGGAUGGAGCCCAGAGAGGAGGAUCAGAUAGUACCAGCGCAGGAAGUAGCAGCGCAGGAGGGGAUGGAGCCCAGAGAGGAGCAUCAGAUAGUACCAGUGCAGGAGGUAGCAGCGCAGGAGGGGAUGGAGCCCAGAGAGGAGCAUCAGAUAGUAGCAGCGCAGGAGGGGAUGGAGCCCAGAGAGGAGCAUCAGAUAGUACCAGUGCAGGAGGUAGCAGCGCAGGAGGGGAUGGAGCCCAGAGAGGAGCAUCAGAUAGUACCAGUGCAGGAGGUAGCAGCGCAGGAGGGGAUGGAGCCCAGAGAGGAGCAUCAGAUGAUAGCAGCGCAGGAGGGGAUGGAGCCCAGAGAGGAGCAUCAGAUAGUACCAGUGCAGGAGGUAGCAGCGCAGGAGGGGAUGGAGCCCAGAGAGGAGCAUCAGAUAGUAGCAGCGCAGGAGGGGAUGGAGCCCAGAGAGGAGCAUCAGAUAGUACCAGUGCAGGAGGUAGCAGCGCAGGAGGGGAUGGAGCCCAGAGAGGAGCAUCAGAUAGUACCAGUGCAGGAGGUAGCAGCGCAGGAGGGGAUGGAGCCCAGAGAGGAGCAUCAGAUGAUAGCAGCGCCGGAGGGGUUGGAGCCCAGAGAGGAGCAUCAGAUGAUAGCAGCGCCGGAGGGGAUGGAGCCCAGAGAGGAGCAUCAGAUGGUAGCAGCGCAGGAGCGGAUGGAGCCCAGAGAGGAGCAUCAGAUACCUAUUCUGACCUCUUCUAGUUCGGAUCCGAAGUAUAAACGGAGGCACUGUAAGAAGUUUUACUGUAAGAAGUUUUACACUGAGGAGGGCUGCCCGUAUGGAGACACGUGUACUUUUCUGCAUGAUGAGCAGUCAAAGGCUCGGGAGAGUGUGGCGAUUAGUCUGUCGCCUACAGUUGGAGGUGGUGGAUAUGACGGUGGGCCGAAUGCGUCGAAUCAGAGGCCUUCGAGUUGGAAAACUAGGAUCUGCAACAAGUGGGAGGUAGCUGGGUAUUGUCCGUAUGGCAGUAAGUGUCAUUUUGCUCAUGGGGCCGCAGAACUUCACAGAUAUGGUGGGGGGCUUGUGGAGAUGGAAGGCAGAGAUGCUUCUUCAGUAGCCACAGAUUCGAACCAGGCUGGGGCAUCAACAAGGGCUCCUGCAGACACUGUUGUUGCAUCCAUGACAUCAGUUCCUCAUGCAGAUGUUUAUCACCGGAGAGGUCCUUCACAGAGGUCAACUGUUGUCGGUCAGAGGCAGGGGCUUGGUCAGGGUCAGAGAGUUCGGAAAUCGAAAUGGCCAGACAAGAUCAAAGGGAUAUAUGGCGACUGGAUUGAUGAAAGUGAAUAGACCCAUACGUGCCGAUAUAGCAGGGCAUCUGGAUGGAAAAAUAAUAAGUGUAGUCAUCUCUACUAAUUGCAUGCUGGAACGUAUUGUGUAGUCUUUAUAUCAUAAUUGCAGUGAUACUGGUAAGCAAUAGAAGGGAAGUGCCUUCACAAGGACUUCAGCGCAAAGAAGGGGAACCCAUAAUCUGUCAUCAUUGAUGGACUAUGGUCGGCUUGUAGUAGAC